AUGGUCCAGCUCCACAGUCACACCAAGGUGAGGGAUUCCAGCUUUACCAAUGCUGGUCCCAUCCUCACAGGCCAGUUCCCAUUCAGAGCUUUGCAUGGUCUAAUACGGACUGCGCCCCAGCAACCAGCUCGCUGGCCAGGUGGUAUGGUGGAAGGAGAACUUCAGAGAAUGCCAGGCAGAAACCAACUGCGACGAGUCUCCCAGACCCCUUUUCCAGACCAGGCGCCUCCAAGGAAGUCUCGCAAGAAGCUACAAGUUAUCAUCUGUGUGCUCCUUGUGGAGUUGUUUGAAAGAUUCACUUUCUUUGGGAUUGUGUGUAACAUGAUUCUCUUCUGCACUGUGAAGCUGGGCUAUGAUAACUACCUGGCUGCGACAGUUAACCUGUGCUUUAUAGGCGCCAGCACCCUGACCCCUGUCCUGGUUGGGUGGUUUGCAGAAACCUGCUUAGGAAGGACUAAAGUGCUCUACUUGUGUGCUGUUCUUCAUUUCUUUGGUACAGCCAUGCUGCCCGUGGUGGCAUUUCCCUUCGAAGAUUUCUACAUCGAUACUCAUCACAUGACGCACCAGCUGGAACCUCGGGAGCAACAGAUCCUCUUCUACACCGGCCUCCUGGCUGCUGCGCUGGGCAUCGGUGGCAUCCGGGCCAUCCUCUGCCCCAUGGGAGCCUACAACCUGCAGGGCUACAACCAGCACCAGCUCCUGUCCUUCUUCAACUGGUUCUACUGGUUGGUGAACCUGAACUCCACUAUUGUGUUUCUGGGUAUUGCUUACAUCCAGCAGUCUGUGGCCAAAAAUCUGGGCUUUCUUAUCCCCUUCACCUCUGUGCUACUGGCUCUCAUUGCCAUACAUAUGAUGCGCAACAAACUCACCUACAAACCCAAGAAAGGUAUUCAGGCACACAGCUUGAAUGAACACGUCUGCAACCUCACACUGUUCUUUCAUGUGUCCAUCGUAGGUGGAUCUUUACUGACCACACUGGGAGUCUUCCUGAACUCUUUCAAGAUGUGCUGCCUCCACUAUCGGCACCUGAGUGGCGAUGUGGCGUCUUGGCUGGACCGGGCCAAGGAGAACAAUGGUGGCCGUUACAGUGAGACGCAUGUAGAGAACGUCAAAGUCCUGGCAAAGCUCUUCCCUCUUUACGGGCUUCAGCUGCUGUACAGAGCCUGCAUCACACAGAUUCCCUCAGGUUACUACAUACAGACAAUGAACUCCAACCUUCACCUGAAUGAUCUCCUGCUGCCCAUCGGAGCUAUGAAUGUGAUCAGCAUCCUGCCUGUGCUGCUCUUGGCCCCGCUGAUGGAGUGUGUCACCACCUGCUACCUCUCUAUGGAAAAAACUCCUUUGGCCCCUGCAAAAAUCAUUACUCUGGGCCACGUGUGUGCCACUCUGUCAGUCCUGGUGGCAGGUUUGUCUGAGCUGCAGAGGAAGACUUACCCUCUGGUGGAACAGACGCUGUCUGGAAAGGUCCUGCAAGUGUCGUCCAUGCCAUGUUUCCAGCUGGCACCCCAAUACAUCCUGCUUGGUCUGGCAGAGGCUCUUGUCACCCCUGCAUGUUCCCUCAUAUCUUUCCAGCUGACUCCAAGCCACAUCAGAGGCAUCUCCCUGCACUUCCUCACUCUGUCCUAUGGAGGGGGCUGCUUCCUAGGAGCCUUUAUCGUUCAGCUGGUGUACUUUCUCUCUGGAGGUAACUUCUACCCAAGCAUGCUGCAUGAUGGGAAUCUGGAGAGAUUCUUCUUCCUCUUGGCCACACUGAUGGCUAUAAAUACCCUUGUAUUCUGGAGUGUAUCUUACAGGUACAUAGACCUGAGUGUGCGGGGCAAAGCACUGACCCUCAGCCCACUGACUGAGAAACUGCGGCAUUACAAAGCCUUCCUGCGCUUCUAUGACACCGUGGAUCGCUCCUACACAAACACCUCCUUUGAAUCCAUUUUAUGA